AUGAAUAAUUCUACAAUCAACUUCACAUCCGAAGCUUCUACAAACUCUUUAUAUAUAUUAUUUUUGUCCACUCUGGACCUUUCCAUUUACUACAUCAAUUUUCUCUUUGGUUUUCCGACACACUCCUAUGUUUUAUGGCUCAUCGUCACUGGAUCAAGUGAAGUUUCAUCAGAGUUCUUCAACCUCAAUCUCUGUGUUUGUGAGCUUGGAAUCUGCCUGCACUCUUUGUUGUCUGUAAUUCUUUAUUGCUUUAAGCUUCCAUACGACAUCCCAUUGUUUUUACUAGGACUCAUCAUCACUGGUCGUCCUCUGUUUCAGUGUGUGAUCUGUGUUGAGCGUUACCUGGCAGUGGUUCAUCCUGUAACCUUCCUAAAAUACAAACCUCUCAGAUAUAGAGUGAUCUGCUGUGCUGUGGCCUGGAUUAUUAUUCUCAUCUCCUGUGUCUUCUGCAUGCUUACUUCACUCCAAAUUAAAAUUAAUGUUUAUUUCUCCUUGUCUCAGUAUGUCCUCUUCCUCUCUGUCCAGUUGUUUUGUCUUGUGGCUGUUCUCAGAGCUCUGAAGCAGUCAGGACCAGGAGAGAGAAAGAGAGAGAAAGAGGAAAACCAGAUGAAGAGAAGAGCGUUUUUCAUCAUUCUCAUAGCUACUGUGACCAUGUCUGUAUCAUAUAUUCCAUAUAUUAUCUCUGGAUUCCUUUAUUGUUUUACGCAAAAUUAUAUUGGAAUUAUUUUCUCUCUUGGGUUCUUGUGUUUUAUUCUGGGUGGUUUUGUUGAGCCUGUUCUUUAUCUGCACCGCUCUGGAAAAAUGCAUUGGCUUUGUUCUAUUUAA